GUAAGGAGGGAGGGCCUCGGAGAUCGCAAGAGAAGGAAGGCGGUUGAUCGAGGACUCGGGAAGACGGUUGUGUAGCGGGAAUGGCGAACGCUUACCAACAGGGAGGUAUGGGAGCACCUGGGUACCGCGGCGGCGGAGGCAGCGGCGGCGGCGGCUUCGGAGCUCAGCCCAACGCUAAGCAGUACCGCGAAGGCCUCCCCGAGCCCGUUGGAGGAGUGAUGGCGGGGAGCUUCGCAGGGCAGCAGAUACCUCUGGGGGUUCCACCGAUGCACGUUACCGGCGGGGCCCAGCAGACACCGCCCGCGGGGUUCCCGCAAGCGGGCGUCUUUCCCCCCGAUCACUCCCACGCGUGCAAUCCGCCAUCGAAACCGGACAGUACUCCUCAUACACUGCAAUCCAUCGUCAGCAUCUCUUGUAUGGCCGCGUUCCUUCUGCUGAGCAUCGUCACUGUCGCAUUGCUUGGCGCUGCUGAUUCGAAAUACUGGGUGCUCAGAGAUUUCCUCGCCUAUAUGAAGAGUGCAGCGUGAGUGUCUCUGCUUACCUUCCCUCUCAGCUACUCCCCCACUUGUUCCUCGAGUCCUCCCAUUAGAAUGAU